CCCUCUGGCUGAUGUGGAUGUGGUCCUGCCAACCCUGGAGGUCGGCAUUGGUAAUGAUUUCGAGCUGAACCUCGAGUUCAUCAAUCAGAGUGAGCAGCGGCGCACAGUGGAGGCCUACGUCAGUGGGAGCGUGGUGUACUACACCGGAGUCGCCAGCCACGAGUUUCUGUUCCAGACCCCCACUGUUACGAUCCAGCCCAAGAAAAGUGUGAAGAAAAUGGUGAUGGUUGAGUCGAGGAACUACAUGGACCAUCUGGUUGAACAGGCGAACCUUAACUUUAUUGUUACUGGGAAGAUCAAAGAAACUGGCAAGAUCGUCACUACAAUGAAACUCGUCACCCUGCACAACCCAAAACUCAUCGUUGAGGUGACUGGCAGUAGCAAAGUGAACGAGGAGAUGAUGGCAGCUGUGCGGUUUAC